GUGAUAAAUACUUUUUAGUCAUGGCAGACGACUACAGGCGACAAGGUUUUGAGUUGGAAAGAAGAAUAUUUGAGCUGGACAUCAAGUGUUCAAGCUUAAAAGCUGAGAAACAAGAUGAUGACUAUUUACAAAAUGCGUCUGCCAUAUUAGACAAGUUGAAAACUUUUUACAGACAAGGAGAAGAAAGUAGCAAUCUUUCCAAGCUGCUCCAGGAUUACACACAGGUGAUUCUUGACAUCACUUUUUAUGAGGAGAAUAAACUGGUUGACCAGGAGUUCCCUGAGGACUGUUCACCAUUUAAAAUUCAACAGCUGCUGCAAGACCUAACUGAGCCAGAGGUUUUGGUGGCAAGACUUGCACCAGGACAAGAGGUGCAGUCUGUGUUGGGCACAGAGCUGUUAGAAUGCCUCUACUGGAGACGUGGAGCUCUGCUGUAUAUGUACUGUCACACUCUUCAUCAACGAAAACAGUGGAUCAAGAAAAACAAGGACACAUUCCUGAAGUGUAUUCAGGAAGGCGUUCGCUAUCUGAUGCGGAUGCUGCAAGUGAGAAACUCUGUGAAGUUCAGUGAUGGGGUGGUGCUUCAUGACAGCGCUACAGCCAGCAUGUUAUCUGAAGGCAUCUUCUCAGACACCCACCUGCUAACGAUGAUGUACAUCGGGGAAAUGUGUUUCUGGGCAGUCAAGUACGAAGACUGCAGUGCUGAAACUGCAGACCCCAAAGAAGACAGCCUCCAGUUUCGGGACAUCGGUACACAGAUCCUGAACAAAUAUGUUUGUGCUUGUGAGGGCCCUCUGCAGGGCCAGGGCUGGAACACAGAAAAUGCCAAGGAAAUCCUGAAUAUUUUACAAUAAAUGUUUUUUUUUUUCCUCUGUUGAAGAUGCCUCUCAGACACAGAUUUAAGUUCAGUAUUAAACAUGUCAAUGUCCAGUUUAAAUGGAGCCCUUUAAAGGGAUGUAAAGUUAAGGUUAAGGAGAGGUGCAGGCAGCAGGUGGAUGUGAAGAAAGGUGUUUUUUGGUGAGCAUCUAGAGGCUACAAAAUCCUAUGCCAAAAGGCCCCAGACAAAACAUAAAUGAAGAAGUUGGAACUGGAAUAAAAAUGUAGAUGUUAAAGGCUAAAAGAAAGGCUACUUGGUAAUAUAUCCUAUUCUGCUGAAAAAGCAGUUAUCAUUCUGAUUCCAGACUGUUGCCUGGGGCACUUGCUUUGCUCUAAGAAUGUGUUAUAAUAACAUUAAUAUUAUUAAAAGCAUAUUAUUUUUAAGAAAAUUACCAUCUUUAAAUUUUAAGAUUGUUAGAAGUUUAAAGUUAAUCCAGCAGGAUGUCAGUUAUUGCACAGUAACCUUUAUUUAUUGUUUUGAUGCCAUUUUUACAUUUUAAGAUUUAACAGGGUGACGUGUUUACAGUCUAAACAGAAAGGCAAAGAAAAGUGUUGAAAAGUGAUGGUUUUAAGUGUUUUCCGUUUAUUUUUCUUAUACUCAACUUGAAUAAUAGUAGUGUAACAACUGAGAAACAUUGUUUUGAGAAAAAAAAAGGUUUUUUUUAAAUGUCUGUUGACAAUAAACACGCAUUGUUUCAAGUAAAAGGUUUUUUU